ACGCGCACAGUUAGUUGGCGCAAAAGCAGUUGUGAUACGGCCACCGUUCCGUACAGUCAGACACACUCAGAUUCCUUGGCGGCCAUUUUAUUCUGUUAAUUUAGGCAAGGAAAAUAAAAACAAGAUGCUUCCAUCAUUCAUCACUAAGGCUAUAUGCCAGCCUUCUGAGCAACCCAACCAAUUGGUUUCUGGAAGAAGCAUUGCUGCUGCUGCAGUGAAGCCAGGAGAGAGUUGUGAAUUUGCUUCUAAAAAAUACUUUGCCCUCUGUGGUCUUGGAGGUAUCUUGUCUUGUGGUAUCACCCAUACUAUGGUUGUACCAUUGGACUUGGUCAAGUGCCGUAUCCAAGUUGACCCAGACAAGUACAAGGGCGUCAUCAAUGGCUUCAAGGUGUCCGUAGCUGAGGAAGGUGCUCGUGGUCUCGCCAAGGGUUGGGCCCCAACCUUCUUCGGUUACUCCGCCCAAGGUCUCUGCAAGUUCGGUCUCUAUGAAGUAUUCAAAGUAUUCUACACCGGCGUCAUCGGUGACGAGAACGCCUACCUGUACCGUACCUCCCUGUACUUGGCUUCCUCUGCCACCGCCGAAUUCUUCGCCGACAUCGCCCUGUCCCCGAUGGAAUCCUGCAAGGUCAAGAUCCAGACCACCCCCGGAUUCGCCAACACCCUGCGCGAAGCCAUGCCCAAGAUCUACAAGGAGGAAGGCUUGAACGGUUUCUACAAAUCCCUUGUCCCAUUGUGGAUGAGGCAAAUCCCAUACACCAUGAUGAAGUUCGCCUGCUUCGAGCGUACCGUCGAGCUGCUGUACCACUACGUUGUACCGAAACCACGUGCUGACUGCAGCAAGGGCGAACAGUUGAUUGUUACAUUCGCCGCUGGUUACAUCGCUGGUGUCUUCUGCGCCAUCGUUUCCCAUCCAGCUGAUACCGUUGUAUCCAAGUUGAACCAGAAGAAGGGAGUCAGCGCCGCCGAGGCUGCCAAGGAAUUGGGAUGGGCCGGUCUCUGGAAGGGUCUUGGACCUAGGAUAGUCAUGAUUGGUACUCUUACCGCCCUCCAAUGGUUCAUCUACGAUGCAUUCAAGGUAGCCACCAAGAUGCCACGCCCACCACCACCAGAGAUGCCAGAGUCUUUGAAGAAGAAGCUCGCGGCUGCCGAGAAAUGAACACAAUAAAUUGAUUGUUUAAAUUAAUUAAUUAAUAUUAUUUUUUGUUUGUUUUUAUUUACUUAAGUUAUUUAACAAAACGGAAUUGUUGUGUCAACAUCAGUAUUUGAAUCGAGCAUGCAUGCAUCCAUACACCAUCGAAAA